AAGAAGUGUUGUCACGAUGGAAGGAUCGGCGUUCUAAAAGCAGAUGCAGAGAAAUUAUGGGAUGCCAAAGCAACGUAUGCUUAGGGGAAACGCAAUCGUGUUUUGGGUUGUAUUUUUCUUUUGACGCAAAUGAUCCCUAUGGAAAUUGUCACACGGUUCCUUAUCCGGCCAGACUGAGCGAAUUGCUCGAUCGAGUAGCGGCGGCGGCGGCAGUCGCUGGGAAGCCUUCGAGACGAUCGCUCAGUCCCGACAGACGGCGGCUUCCCCUCGGAUCGCGACGUGUCAUCACUGCCCGAGUAUUAGCAUGGUUUUGUUUUAGUCGUACGAUGAGAGCGCCGGCACGUCAUCCGCGUUGUGCGGGCGGCCUGGGAAUCGGAAGGCGGCACGUCCGAUGUUCCCCGAGAAAAUGAGAGCGACGGUGAUGCGGCAAGACGGCGACUGAAGAGCGCCCGCCUCUGUCGGCGGCUCACCAGGCGGACUAGCAUUAGCAGCCUCGUAACCUAGCUAACGGAACCAGCCCCAUCGGAGUGCGCGCGGAGCCGCUCGGCGGAGGACAGCAACGCCUUCGACGCUGCGAAGCCAUCAUGUCAGCACGCGAAACGUGCGCGUGGACUUAUUAUUGACGCCGGCUCGCGCCUCUCCCUCCAUGUUGCCCGACUGGUGAUGACUCUAAAUCUGCUCACCACACAGUCCUUCACGAAGGGACCUCUUCCUCUUUUGUUGUUCGGACUUGGGAUCACAGGCAUGAGAUAAUAAAGUCAAGCAGCUGCAACAAACGACACCCACGGCGCUCUUGAGGCCGCCACUGGACUCCCUCCCACCUCAUUCCCUCCUGCCCUACUGCAUUAUAGCCCCUCAGUAGCCCUCAUCAUGACCACGCCGACCCUUUUACCGCUCUCUGGGCGUCGUAUACCAACGCUGUCGCCCGGCGCCUCCUCCUUCUCGCACCACCGCGCCACCUUGAGGCUCUCUGAGAAAUUCAUCCUGCUGCUCAUCCUCAGUGCCUUCAUCACCCUGUGCUUCGGGGCCUUCUUCUUCCUGCCUGACAACUCCAAGCACAAGCGCUUUGACCUGGGCUUGGAGGAUGUGCUCAUCCCGCACAUUGACUCGCCCAAAGAGGGCAAGCAUGCUUCGGGACAGGUGAUCAUACACGGUCAGGGAGGACAUGACGAGCACAGACACAGGGAGGACGAGGAGAGCCUCCGGAACAAGAUUCGUGCCGACCAUGAGCGGGCCCUGCAGGAGGCCAAGGAAAAGCUGCGGAAAUCACGUGAGGAGCUGGAGACUGAGAUCCAGACAGAGAAGAGCAAGGUGGUGGAGGACCUGAAGAAAAAGGCUGCAGGUCCAAAGCCCUUGCCACCUGUGCCCAUGCCCAAGGUGGUGGGUGUUGGCAACGGCGAGCCUCUCGAGCCCGAGGUCAAAGAGAAACGGAACAAGAUUCGAGAGAUGAUGAAGCAUGCGUGGGACAGCUACCGUCAAUAUGGCUGGGGUCAUAAUGAGCUCAAGCCCCUUGCCAAGAAAGGACAUUCUACAAAUAUCUUUGGUAAUUCUCAGCUCGGAGCAUCCAUCGUGGACGCCUUGGACACGCUGUACAUCAUGGGCAUGCACGAAGAGUUCAAGGAUGGGCAGGAGUGGAUUGAGCAGAAUCUGGACUUCAGUGUGAAUGCUGAGGUGUCAGUAUUUGAGGUCAACAUCCGCUUCAUCGGAGGCCUGCUGGCAGCCUACUACCUGUCUGGACAAGAGAUGUUCAAGUUAAAGGCGGUGCAGCUUGCAGAGAAGCUGCUCCCUGCCUUCAACACCCCCACAGGGAUCCCAUGGGCCAUGGUCAAUCUGAAGAGUGGUGUUGGUCGUAAUUGGGGUUGGGCAUCGGCUGGCAGCAGCAUCUUAGCAGAAUUCGGAACGCUGCACAUGGAGUUUGUUCACCUCACGUACCUGACAGGAAACCCAGUCUACUACCAGAAGGUAAUGCACAUCCGAAAGCUACUAGCCAAAAUGGAUCGACCAAACGGGCUCUACCCAAACUACUUGAAUCCUCGUACAGGUCGCUGGGGCCAACAUCACACCUCGGUUGGCGGGCUGGGGGACAGCUUUUACGAGUACCUUCUGAAGGCAUGGCUCAUGUCAGACAAAACGGACACAGAAGCGCGCAAAACGUACGACGACGCCAUUGAGGCAAUUGAGCGACACCUGAUCCGCAAGUCCAACGGUGGCCUGACGUUCAUUGGUGAGUGGAAGAACGGCCACCUGGAGAGGAAGAUGGGCCACCUGGCGUGCUUUGCCGGCGGCAUGUUCGCACUGGGUGCAGACGGCUCCCCUGACGACAAGGCGGGCCACUGGCUGCAGCUGGGCGCAGAGAUCGCGCACACCUGCCAUGAAUCCUACGAUAGGACAGUGGUGAAGCUGGGCCCAGAGGCCUUCAAGUUCGAUAGCGGCCUAGAGGCGGUGGCCGUGCGGCAGAACGAGAAGUACUACAUCCUGCGCCCCGAGGUCAUCGAGACCUACUGGUACAUGUGGAGGUUCACCCACGACCCCAAGUAUCGCCAGUGGGGCUGGGAAGCAGCACAGGCCAUCGACAAGUACUGCAAGGUGAGCGGCGGCUUCUCUGGUGUGAAGGACGUCUACUCAUCGAACCCGACCUACGACGACGUGCAGCAGAGCUUCUUUCUGGCCGAGACGCUCAAGUACCUGUACCUGCUGUUCUCCAGCGACGACCUGAUGCCAUUGGAAAGUUGGGUCUUCAACACGGAGGCCCACCCGCUUCCUGUGCUCCACUUGGGUAACGUCACCCUGCCGGGCAGCGAGCCGGCGGGGCAGUGAAGGGGUUGGCCGCCCGCCUGCACGACACUCCCACCAACAAACACUGGACUGACUUUUAUCCGUUUCUUCAGAUGUGGACCGUAUCGGAGCAGCUGAGAACUCCCUGAGAACGCUGGUGCUCCAGAGUGGACCCUUUAGUUGCUUGUCCAAACUCUUUCUCUUUCUCUCUUUCAUAGGGACGCACCAUUUGAAUUGAAACUCUCGUUUUCAUGCCACGAUCUUGGCAGCCAUCUUGUUUUUGGGCAGGUGUGGAUCCUUCAGAGUGGACAGCAGACUGGCUUCAUCAUCAGUCCAGCGUCAAAAUGUCACCCUGCCAAACGGAAAAACCUGAGAAUUGGAUGCUGCUUUUUCGACUCUUGCCACUGUAUUUUUGGUUUGUUUGUUUGCUUUUUUCAAAUUGGGUUCUCCUGUCCUCUUUUUCCAUGUCGCGUGCUUCAAUCUGCAGUUUCCACUAACACAAAACCGCCGAAGCGCGUAAUCAGUCGCACGAUCGUCUGCCGCAUUGGCCGCUGCCUUCGUCCAUCGUCUCUGCCCUCCUGUCACCUCCUGCCCGUUUAUUCAUCAGCUUCAGGCCAUCGUCAGCGUUCUGAAAUGAAGUAAAUCUAAUUUUGUCCCGCAGUCUGCUUUUCCCGAAUUUUGGGUGAAAUCGUUCAAGGCGGGUCUAUAUCCGUCAUUCUUGAAAUUUCAAUUUGUUAUUUUAUUGUUUUUCUUCCAACUUGUCAAAGAAUUCUACUGCUUGUCUAGUAUGCACAGUAAGACCACGCGCGUCAUUUUAAUAGCAAAACAAACAACUUCCUGAUUGAGACGAAGUCUUUGCGGUGACGUCGUUCAACUGCUUUGCCAAUUGAUCGAUCACUGUCAUCAUUUUUCACUUUUCUUAAUUUGUCAAGAAAUUCUAUCGCUUCUCUUGAGUAACUUGUAAAUUGUCUUGGCAAAACCUUUCUUGGAGGUGAAUUUGGAAAUCGAUCAGGAAAAACCAGGACUGUGGAUUUGUGAUGGUUGUAUGCAAAUGAGUCCUGAAUUGCACUUAACCACGGCUUCAUUUUUUGCUGUUUAUUUGAGUUAUUUUCAUUUAUUUAAGCAAGCCUUUUCGUCUAACGUGACGCAUUUGUGCCAUUACCUUGCUCUUUUUCUUUUUUUUGUUUUUUUACAUUCAGACAUUGUGAACUUUUUUUGUUUGAAAAGUUUAAAACUGUGAAGUGAAACAGAUUGACGCCAGACUGAAAUGACGAACUUGUUACGAUUAAAAUACUAAUGGAAUCUUGUGAAUGUGAGUUUUUAAUGCAGACUGACUCGAGCCGUCUUGUGACUGUAAAAAAACAAAACAAAAAAACGGCCGCAUAUUGUUGCUUUUCAAUGAAAAGCAUGUAUCCCCAGAUGUUUUUUGUUUUUAUCCGUAAAAAAUGACCUUUCGUAGUGUUUCCGAUGAAAGGAAUACAUUUGGGGGAGAAAUGUGGUUUCCAUUAAACUGACGCCAUGUAUUAUUGGGAUCUGUGUGCGCAAAUGUAAAAUUGAGGGUUUUUUUGUUGUUAAAUUAUUAUUAUUUAAAGUUGGUAAAAAAAAGAAUAAUCCACAAUUUCUUAAUUUUUGGCCAGAUGACAUGCGUACACGUUGAUGACUUUACCAGUUUCAUUCCGUCACUUUUCUUGUUCAGCGUCACUUUCAGAAUUCCGUCAACCGUGUGGCCGCCGCGAGCCAGCCAAUGAGAGACUCUGAUCUCUAUUUGUAUUUUUACUUCACUACCAAAAGAUAUGUGUAAAUAUGUUUCAAAGUCCGACACAAAUUCAAUAAAGGUGUUGCUACGAGU